AGUUACCCCAUCGUGGACUUUUAAUCAUUCUUUUGCGCGUUCGCAAAUUUAUUGCAACUCACGGUGUGACCUUUGACAUAUUCUUACUUCUCAAAAACAAAAUCAGCUGAGGGAAAGUGACAUAGUCCACCACCUAGUUUUCAACCACACGUAUGAACACAAACUCACAGAGAUUUAAUGAUAUGUUGCUUGAGAUAUUUCUUUGUGUAUUGGUGAUCUUUUUGAUCAGGUUUAUCCGCCAAGACGACCCUCAACCACUAUUAGGAGUUUACAGUCAACCAGGAAAAUGGUUCUACUUGAAAAAAUAUGCAUUCUACUUACUGUUUGUUCUCCGAAAAUUUAAACACAAACAGGCAGAGAUUCAACAUGGAAAAGAUGAAAGCUUCAAGAAAACUAAGAUUUCUGGUUAUGGAAAAGGAUCACAUGAGAAUAUUGCCGAUAUGGAAUGGCCACAGCAGCUAUCUUCAGAUCCUAAUGCAAUAGAUUGUGCCUUUUUUGAUGGCUUCAACAAAGAUGGCGCGUACACAGUCUGUAGAGUGGGGCGACGCCACAACAGAAAGGCUGAGGUGUGGCUGCUCUUGUACAUCCCUGGGGAGGGUCACUUCCAGCACCCUAGCCACCCUGAUAGUAUUGUGUACAAUACCGAUGGUAAUACAUUCACAGUUGGUGGGCUAACACUGUCAUGUAUAGAGCCAUUGAGGACAUGGAGAGUAUCCUUCAAUGGACUGCUCAGGAGAGGAAUAUGCAAUGAUUGGAAGAGUAAAGACCAGCACGAAACUGUUCACGUAAAAUUCACUUUUAUAUGGCAAGCCUACAGUAACAUAUUCAAUUUUGAUACAGAUAUACAUGCAAAUGUAAUAUCAGAGGCUGUUGCUAGGCAACCAUGGAGCAAAGAAUUUUUUGAAAAACUUAAAAGGUAA